GGGCAUCAUUGUUAAAAAGGAAUUAAUAUAAAGUCUUCCGGUUAAGAUUUUUUUUAAAAAAAAUAUUUUCAUAAAUUUCAAAUAUGAGGUGUAAAGUUUGUAGAAUUGAUAAAUUAUCUCAUGAAUUCCCGGCUGAUACUAUUAGCCAAAGGUGUAAUCACGUUUCCAAUUUUUGUUUAAGGUGUUUAAUAAAAAAAAUUGAUGUUCAACAAUCAAAUCAAAAAUGCCCUGAAUGUGAUGCAACUCUUACAAGACAAGAAGUUAAAGAUUUAUAUCUAGCAUGGGAAAAAUCACCAUUUCGAGUUGUUAUUGAGAAUAUUUUAGAACUUAAGCUUAAAAAUGAAAAUAAUUUGAAUUCAAAUGCGAAGGGGGAUUUUUAUGUAAUUUUAUUGAAUGGAACGAAAUUAAAUUUUAAAUUAGAAAACAUUAAAACCGUCGAGGCUUUAAAGGAAGCUAUAAAGCAACAAACUAAUAUUGAGAAUGGUAAACAAAAGUUGAUUCAUAAAGGUGUUGAAUUGGAGAUUUUUUCAAAUACAACAAGAAUUAAAAAACAAUUAUCUGAAUAUUCAAUAGUUGAUGGAAGUCAUAUCCAACUUAUGGUCUUAUUAUACUCUAUCUCAAAAGAAUUAUCUAUUAAUGCAUUAACUUUUGAUCUGUACUGGGGAUUUCCACCAAAUAGAGGUGAUUUUUUAGAUGGCACUUGUUUGCUUUUCGCAGGAAAACAUCAUUACCGUACUUUUGAUUAUAGAUUGAACCAUUUCUCUGAAAUUCCUGACAUGUCACAUUCUGGUGAUAUUAUUGAUAAGGUUAAUCGAAGAGGUCAUCAUAGUAUUACAGCGAAUUUAGCAACAAUUCCACGUAUAGUAACAAAAUUAUAUUUCGUUUUAAGUGCAUAUCGUUCUCCAAAUAUUGGAUGUUUUACAAGUCCUUCUUUUAAAUUAUUUGAUCCUUCAUAUCCUGAUACACAAUUAUGUUCUUAUACUAUACAAUCCGCUUCCACUUCAAAGGCAGUUAUAAUGUGUGUAAUUGAGAAAAGUGAUGAAGGUAAUUGGAAUAUAUUCGAAAUUGGUAAACUAUGUGAUGGUAAUGUAUUGGAUUAUACACCAAUAUUAAAUACUAUUAGUGAAUUGGAUGUAUUUUGAUUCGUAAAUGUAAGAUUUUUUUUUUUUUAUCUAUUUACAAAUAAUUGUUGUAUAAUACUUUGAUAUAAUGUUUUGGUAUAAUACUUAAAUAGCCAAACAAAUUAUAUAAUUAUAAUUCAAAUAAAAUAUAAGAAUAUGAGAUAUUUAAAAA